GCCAUUAACAACAGAGCAGAACAAAGAGAAGACUCUUCUUCAUUAGAUCACACAAAAAAGUAACUUUUUUUUCUUUCUCUCUCUGUCAUACACACAAAAAAAUGGCGGAACUUGAGAAUCCAAGUGUAAUGUCGAAGCUGAUAGCAUUCUUAUCUUCAUUGCUAGAGCGAGUUGCUGAGUCAAACGAUCUGACCCGACGAGUCGCGACUCAGUCACAGAGAGUUUCGGUGUUUCAUGGACUGAGUCGACCAACGAUAACGAUUCAGAGCUAUCUAGAGAGGAUCUUCAAAUACGCAAAUUGUAGUCCUUCUUGCUUCGUCGUUGCUUACGUUUAUCUCGAUCGUUUCACUCACAGACAACCUUCACUUCCCAUCAAUUCCUUUAACGUCCAUCGUCUUCUCAUCACUAGUGUCAUGGUCGCUGCUAAAUUCCUCGAUGAUCUGUACUACAACAAUGCGUAUUACGCGAAAGUGGGAGGAAUAAGCACGAAGGAGAUGAAUUUUCUAGAGCUGGAUUUCUUAUUCGGGUUAGGAUUUGAAUUAAACGUGACGCCAAACACAUUCAACGCCUACUUCUCUUAUCUUCAAAAGGAAAUGACUCUUCUUCAACCUCUCUCUCUCGUUGUUGUCCCAUCAUCAAGAUCUCUCAUUACCUUCAACGACGAUGAAGCUUCUCAUCAGAAACAACAACAACAACAACUCGCUGUUUGAAUCACAACAAAAUCCAAAAAACAAAUCUAAAUCUCUUUCUGUCUCUUUAUCUUUCUUUAAAAAUGAAUUGUGUAGUUGUAGAUGAUGUAGAGAUUAGUCGGCAGGGACUCUUAUCUUGUCUUAAUCAAAUCCUGAUUAAGAAUAAAUAAGAAAAUUCAAAAUCAACCAGUAAGUUCUUGUCUAUCUCUUUCUCUAGAUGUGGACAGAUGGGAAAUUAAUCUUUACAGGCUGGCUGGCUAAAGAAUUUAAAUGUCAUUAGUUAAAUGGAACCAAAUAUAUUUUUGGUUUUUUGUUAAAUAACCAAAAUUUGUUAUGAUUGUUUAUGUUUUGUUUUGUCUGAUAUUCAAAUGUUACCCAUGUCAGAUCAGAAACAUGGGUUAUUACUUUAGUAAUAAGUAGAGAUGGUACAAUAAUUGGGAUUGGUGAAUAAGAUUUGUUGUUUCUGGUUCUUCUAUAAAG